AUGGAAAUUUUCAAAAAAUUCAAACAAAGAAUCGAAAAAGAAAUAUUGGAUGAAUCAAGCAAGGUCGGGGAAAAAGAAAAAAAAUGGCUCAGUGAUGAUAUUGACAUGAUGUUACUUCGUUAUUUAAGGGCAAGAGAUUAUGAAGCUGAAGCAUCUUAUCAAUUAUUAAAGGGUACAAUCGAAUGGAGAAGUACCUACAGACCAUAUGAUAUUGCCGCUGAAGACCUAUCAUACGAAGCAUCAACAGGUAAACAAUAUGUUUUUGGUAAAUCUCAUGGUAGAUCUUGUAUCUAUAUGAGACCAACAAGGGAAAAUACAAAGAAUUACGAAAAACAAAUUAAAUUAUUGGUUUAUAAUAUCGAAAGAGCUGUAUCAUUAAUGGAUAAAUCAAAAGGUCACGAACAAAUUGUAUUAUUAAUCGAUUUCAAUGGUUAUUCAAUUAUGAACUCACCUCCAAUGCAUGUUGCUAAACUAACACUUCAAAUCCUUUCCGACCAUUAUCCAGAACGUUUAGGUAAUGCAUUUUUAGUUGACACCCCACUUAUUUUUUCAGUAUUUUGGAAGGCUAUUACUCCGCUCGUCAACAAAGUAACUUAUAAAAAGAUUGUAUUUGCAAAUGGAGAAAAGCAAAAGGUUAAAGUAUUUUCAGAAUAUUUCGAUUUAGACGAGUUAGAAAAAGAAUUUACUGGCAAUUGCGACCACACAUUCGAUCCAAAGGUAGAUUGGAAAAGAGAAAUAGAGUUAUCAAGAAAAGAACGUAAUUUAGAAAUGAUUCCGGAUGAAGAAAUUUUAACUUUAAUAAACACUAAAGUAUAA